UGUCAUCUGAAAACAACAGAUAAACUGAUAAAGAACAGAAAGAAACAUUCUUCACUUUCUACCUGUCCUUCUGUUCUUCCAAGGAUCGUCAUGGUCGGUGGAAAUCUACGUUGGCUCUUUGGAGCCCUCCUAGUUGGGAUUUUGAGCCAAGGAUGUCUAGCCAAUGAUACAAGCAGCGAAAGGAGCCUCUUAGGAGAUAGUCACCCGCCUAGUGGUCUUGAGGUUGUGCUUCGCAAACUUAUUUCGGCGAUUGAUGGAUAUCAACAGGAUGCUCUGUGCACCGUGUGCGUGGAUGCAGCGACGAUCCUGAGGGAAGCGUAUGCUUCUGGGACGCACAAAUUCGUGAUCGAGCAAUUCGUCAUUCUCAUCUGCAGCGAUCUACAUCUCUUUCCUCAUGAUGUCUGCGAUGGGAUGGUCAAGCUGGAAGCGGAGAACGUCCUGUACAUCCUAAACGCGACGCAGUAUGAUCUCGAAACCGUCUGCGGCAUAAUGUUGCAGGGUCACUGCGACAAACGGGAACUAAGUCCUUGGACGCUGCCGAUACCCGGUGGUAAACCGCUGCCUGACGACCCAGAGCCUGUUUUGCCAGCAGCUAACACACUUCGAAUCCUGCACAUCACCGACUCCCACACGGAUCUGCAAUACGACGAAGGGAGCGCCGUUGACUGUGGCUACCCUAUGUGCUGCAGAUUUAAGUACGGGGAACCUCAACCGGGAGAACCAGCAGCAGGGCACUGGGGCGCUGAGAACAACUGCGACAUCCCUCUCCGUACCCUGGACGAACUCAUCCACCAGGGAUCUUUGCUGAAACCGGAUCUCGUGUACCUGACGGGAGAUAUGCCUGCCCACGACGUCUGGGAGCAGACGAAAGCCAAGAACGUCGAAAGUAUGAACGCCACGCUGAGCCUCGUGCGUAAGCACAUGCCUGACACACCAGUCUUUAACUGUCUGGGGAACCACGAGGGCGCUCCAGUAAACAGUUUUCCUGUGCCCGCUGUCUACGGCGAUGGUUUCAACAUGGACUGGCUCUACGAGGCCGCUGUGGCUUUGUGGUCGCCGUGGGUCCCGGAGGAGACGCACGACGACAUCCUGAGAGGAGGUUAUUUCUCCCACUCUCCGUUCCCCGGAUUCAGAAUCGUUUCCAUCAACAUGAACUACUGCGACGUGGAGAACUGGUGGUUGCUGAUUGACAGCGUAGACCCAACAGGUCAACUGCAGUGGCUGAUUGACACUCUCGGGGCAGCUGAGGCAGCCGGAGAGAAGGUCCACAUCUUGGCGCAUUUUCCUCCCGGUGGCUCUUGCGUUGACUCAUUCAAUAAACUCCUCAACGAAGUCAUCACCAGAUACGAGUCCACCAUCAGAGCCAUGUUCCAUGGACACACUCACAAAGAAGCUUUCACCGUAGUUUACGACCCGCAGGAUACGCUGAGACCCGUUGCUGUCGGGUUCACUGGUCCAGAAGGGUCCUGCAGAGACAGACACCAGCCGGCCUUCAAGAUGUACACAAUCGACGCCAAUCACGAACAGGCCACCUGGAGCGUGAUAGACAUGCAGACCUUCACGAUGAAUAUGACUCUUGCCAACCAGCCAGGAGGGACUCCGGAAUUCGUUCAAAGGUACACGUCCCAGGAGACUUACAAAGUCCAGACCUUGACGGCAGGCAGCGUCGAUCAGCUGACCCUCAAUAUGGCCGCUGAUAAGGACCUGUUUGCACAAUACGUGAGAAACAAGCACAACUACGACCUGGAGCCAGCUGAGAUGUUUACUUGCCCCGAGGAUCCUGCUUGCCACAAGAGCGAGCUCUGUGGCAUCGUGAAUACCCACCAUGAUAUCAGUGACGCCUGCCACAGAAUCGAAGCGAUCAUAGAUGGAGGAUACUACUAGGAAUAUUUUCUUGUCGCCAUUUUGGUACUCCUUUCACUCACUCACUCAUUAAGAUGUGAUUUCUAACAGGUAGAAAAGAUUGUCUGUCUAUAUAAUGGAAAGGGGAAAAAAAUGUCCCAGAGCCAUUUAUACGAUGGCAAUUGAUGCCAGACUCUCAUAAAUGUAAACAAAGAAUCUAUCAUGAAUAAACCUUAAACGAUUC